GCGGCGCACUACAAAGUGCUGCCUUACAAAGCCGUUUGCACGCCACGAUAAUAUGUCACGUGAUCUCUUCGCCAUUACGCAUUUUCAUUGGAUUAGACGGGGAGUUGCAGUAAUUUGUUCUUUCAUUUUCUAUAGGAUUUCCUUGAUACGAUCGAAAUGUAAUUGAAAAUACCCCGGAUGUAAACAUCUAAAUAUAUAUUCCACGUGGUAUUGUUUACAACUACGAGCACGUGUUUAUGGAAUCGCUGUUACUGUCUUUCCUUGGGAUAAUGGUGGGCAUGACACACGCAUGUCCAGAGGUAUGCAGGUGCUCAGGAAAAACACUGGACUGUAGCCUCAGAGAGCUGACUGACUGUCCUGUUGUAGUUGAGGAUGAUUUUCAGAUUUGGAAUUUUAGUGGAAAUGAAAUACCUAGCUUAACAUCCAGAAGUGUUAUAAAUAGUGUCACCAACGUUGCAAAUGUUCUUGAUAUUAGCAACAAUAAAAUCACAAUCGCUGAAGAAAACUUUUUUUUGAACUUCAAAAACUUGGGGGAGUUGCGGAUUUCAAACAACAAUGUGAAUAAUUUUGGAUUCAUCCUUCCUCCAGCACUUGAAAUACUAAUAGCUAGUAAUAAUUCAAUUCAAAGAUGGCCAGAUAUUAAUUUACUGCAGCUGCAGCAUUUAAAGAAAGUUUAUUUUGAUCAUAAUUUUCUCAAGAGUGUGAGCUGUUCCUCAGAUACUAACUUAAUAUUUAAUAGACUUGAAAAAUUAGACCUAUCCUCAAAUAAAAUUGAUCACAUAGAUAUUUGUGUAUUGCAAAGCAUGCCUAUUUUACAUGAAUUAGAUAUAUCAUUUAAUAAAUUGGAGACAUUAACAGAUGGAUUAUUCAACUCUAAUGCACAAUUAGAGAGGCUAGAUUUUUCUGAUAAUUUGCUAAGAAGCAUUCCAAAAGGAAUUUUUGAAAAACUACCAAAUCUUGCCAUCUUGUUAUUGUCAGGAAAUAGACUUGUGACUUUUCCCGUACAACUGCCUAUACUUGAAGUUCUGGAUCUUUCAUUUAAUCAGAUCUCCAAUAUCAGGGAGCAUAACAAAGAGAAUGUCUACCCCCACGAGUUUCUGUUCCUGGGGGGAAACCCAUUUCAUUGUGACUGUGGAGUUCAGUGGCUAAAAGAAUUCCUGGACACAAGAGAAUAUCAGUUGCAUUACUUGAACAUUCCAGAGGAAAAGUUCAUUCCUGUGUGUCAGAGUCCAUCUGAUUUGAUGAACGAAUCCUGGAAUUACCUAAGUAGUGAUUUGUUUGUAUGCGAUUUCCAAAACCCUCGAAAGGAAACGGAGUUUGACGAUUUAGAAAUUCAAAAGAAACUGGAAUUAGAAGUGGUUGACAUUGGAGAUACGUCGGUCAAGUUACGAUGGAAUAGUUUUCGGGACAUGACUGUAGCCGAGUCGACUUACCAGUUAAAAUACCAUCAAUUUGGCCACAAAGAUAAACAGACCACACACACCUUUAGAUCCCCCUCUUUGUCAUAUAUUCUCCAGAAUCUCACAGCUGGUACAGCCUAUGUUAUUUGCCUAAGAGAGCUUGUCACAUAUUCAGAGAACUUAGAAUUUGACUGUGUAGAGAUUAUAAUGAAAGAGGACAAUGUCCUAUUUGCAUAUAUGAUUUUUGCAUGCAUAUUGUCAAUGUUGUUUUAUGUCUUCAAGGUGUGAGUAAUAAAACUUUAAAUGUC